AUGGAAAGGGUCUUCUCCGACCUGGGGGCUUUCAAGGCCCAGCUCAACAAAGUCCAGCAGAUCUUCAAGGACGCCGGUCACGUGUGCAUCUUCCUUCCCAAGUACCACGGUGAGCUCAAUGCCAUUGAGCGGUACUGGGGAUACGUCAAGCACGUCCUUCGGCUUCACUGCGAGUACUCCCUCACCCACAUGCUCAAGAUNAAGAUUCUGCCGAGGGCGUUGAGUGGGGUGCCUUUGGAACACAUCCGCGCGUGGAGCAGGGUGGUGUGGCUAUACAUUGAAGCGUACGACGACGGGAUGGUGGGCUACCUCAAGAACCGCGAACUCAAGGAGUGGCACACGCACCGAGAAGCCACCCGAAGGGGGGAUGCGGUUUUGGAGGCAGCGGGGCGAGGAAAAACACAAGCGGAAAAGGACGCCGCGGCGGCGAAGGCGUUGGCGGCUUCGCAGGAAUGCCGAACCCUCUCCACGAGGGGGGCCAAAAGGGCAUUCAAAGCGUGGAAGAACAAGCAGAGGGAGGAAGAGAAGGAGGGGGGAGAGGAGAAGGAGGCCGAGAACACUGCGUCGUGAUGUGUGUGUCUCUGUAUGCAUUAUUGGGUGUUUUUUACGAUGAAGUAUUGUUUAUUCAACAGUUAUGCGUGGUGUCUGCAAAGUGCGAACGUGAGGUGUCCAUGGUGUAUCAAGCAGGCAGUAAGAGAGGGGGGGGGGGGGGUCCCUCCAGGGAACGAUUAGGGGGGUUCCGUGAUGACAUAGGGGAGGUAUACUGCAUUCUGGGGGGCUCCGUGUAUGAUUUUGGUCAAAAAUGUUGCAUGUCACCAGAAAAAAAAAAACUCUGCGGCUAUCGACGUAUCUCGACGAGGCGGUCACGACCAUCGUUGUUUCACGUUCCAAUUUUUUUUCAAAAAAAAGCUAUCGCACCAAACGUGAUUGGACAAAUUGUUGUGCACGGACC